AUGGCCGCCCCCACCCUGGCCGCGGUCACUCGGCAGGUCAGCGGCCGGGCCGCGCUGGCCCCGGUCCCCAGCGGCCCCGAGCGCGGGCAGCUGGCCGCCGGCGUGGCCGAGCUGCCCGUGCUGGACGCCCGCGGGAGGCGGGUGCCGUUCGGCGAGCUGUUCCGGGAGCGCCGGGCCGUGGUGGUCUUCGUGCGGCAUUUCCUGUGUUAUAUCUGCAAGGAAUACGUAGAAGAUCUGGCCAAAAUUCCCAAGAGCUUCUUACGAGAAGCAGAUGUCACCCUAAUAGUGAUUGGACAGUCAUCCUACCAUCAUAUUGAGCCUUUCUGCAGACUGACUGGAUAUUCUCAUGAAAUCUAUGUUGACCCUGAGAGAGAAAUUUUUAAAAGAUUGGGAAUGAAAAGAGGUGAAGAAAUUGUUUCUUCAGGACAGAGCCCCCAUAUAAAAUCAAAUAUACUCUCGGGAAGCAUUCAGAGCCUGUGGCGGGCAGUGACUGGCCCUCUUUUUGAUUUUCAAGGAGACCCAGCUCAGCAAGGUGGAACCCUCAUUUUAGGCCCAGGUAAUAACAUUCAUUUUAUACACCGUGAUAGGAAUAGGUUGGAUCAUAAGCCCAUCAACUCUGUUUUACAUCUUGUAGGAGUUCAGCAUGUGGACUUUACAAACAGACCACCAAUCAUCCAUGUGUGACAAUAUAAACUGUCACUUUCAAGUGGAUCCUUGGAUAUGACCUGAAAUGUGGAUUGUACUAUACUUGUGCUGUGUCUUAACUUGGUGGCUUUUCUGAGGUUUUGAGGGGUUAUGAAAACAUAAAAGACCAUGUACCUGUGGAAUAGCAUUUUGAAUAACUGAGAGGCAUCAGUUAUCCAAAAUGAGAUAUAUUAAUAACUUUAUAGUUUUUAAGGUUUUAUAAAAAAUUAAACCUUUGGACCUCCCUGGUGGCCUAGAGAUGGCCUGAGUUCGAUCCCUGGCCUGGGAGCUACCUCACAUGGCACAGUAGAGCUCUCCUGUCUUACCCGCUGCUCCCCUCAGCAGUGUAUCUCAGUAAAUCCUCCUAUUUUGCUCCCUACUCUGCCUCUGGUGAAUCCUCUUACCGGCCCACCUCUGGCCCACACCCCAGUUCUUCUACACAAAAAUAAAUCUUAAAAAAUAAUAAAACAUUUUUAAAAAUUAAACUUAACCAAUGGCUAUAAAAUUAAAAAUAUCAUUAUUAUAUAUUAUAGUCUCUCUAGUUGCUGAAGUUUUGGGGUUUUCAUUUUUGUCCAAUUAAGAUCAUAAAUUCUUUUUUUUUUUUAGAUUUAUUUAUGCAUACUAGAGCUGAGGUAUAGGCCAGAAGCGUGGGGGUUGAGAGGAUUCACCAGAGACAGAGUGGGAAACAGAACAGGCAGACUGACCAGAGUACACUGCUGAGGGGUGCAGCGGGCGAGUCUGGAGAGGUCUGCUGCACUAUGUGUGUUGCUCCCUGGCUGGCCAGGAAUCGAACUCGUGCUGCAGUGGCUGCUGAUAGCUUCAUGGGCUGCAUCCCAACCCUUGUGCCACCAGGGAAGCCAAGAUCAUAAAUUCUUAUGAAGAACAUUUUAGGGGAAGAGGAAGCAAUUCUUCAUUUUAUCCAGUGAAAAAACAACGAUGUCAAUUUCUUUAAACAGUGUAAUCAUAUUUUUAUAUGUACAUGUUUAUAUUUUUGUAUACUGAGAAGAGAGAACUAAACACAUUGAUGGGAUUACAGGGUUUUUGCCUAUUUUCUUUUCCAUACUUAGCAGUAUCCCCAAAUUAUACCAUAAUAAGCAUGCUCCUUUUUUUUUUUCAUGCCAAGAAAAGGUCUUUUAAAAUUAUAUUUUAAAUUAUGUUUUAAAAUUAUCUGAUGACUAUAUUUCUACAUAACAAGCUCAGGCUUCAGUCCACAUGUUUCUCUCCUAAUUGUUUUACUUGAAGGGAAUCUGGCAAACUGAACCUUUCAAAUAGCCAGUGUUCAAAGCACCUUGUCACAUCACGACAGUACCCUCUAGGGUCUACUAAGAUGGGGAAGAGAAAAAUAUGUUUUAGAUGUUCAAGAAGUAUUAAAAUAUGGACAGUAUGAGUUUCUGAAAGGGAGUUUAAAUAAUUGUUUAAAGUAAAAACUUUGUAACUUAAACAAACACUGUAGUUUGUGUAUAUGUUUCUAGACAAUUUUUGCUUCUCAUCCCCAAAUUACUAGUGGACUAUUUGUCAAUUUUCUUUUUUUAGAAUUUUACUAAGUUUAGGUGGGAAGUAUCCCAGAAAAAUCAAAAUAUUGGUUAUUAUUAGCAAAUACAAUACUGCUUUGAAACUGACAUUUUUUAUAAAGUAUUAAGCUGUACUAUAAAGUAUUCAAAUAUUUGAAUGUACUUUUGUGUAUAUAUACAGGGACAAUCAUGUUUAAAAGCAAUAAAAAUUAAUGAAAUUUAAAUUGAUUUUGUGUUUAUAAUAAAGAUAGCAAUGGUAAAUCAAUAAAAUUCGAUUAAAAAAAGACUGCUGGGGGCCUCCCUGGUGGCACAAGGGGUUAAGUUGCAACACCUAUGGAGCUAUUUGCAGCCACUGUAGCACAAAUUCAAUUCCCGGUCAGGAUGGUGACCCACAUAGCAAAGCAGACCUCUCCUGUCUCGUCUGCUGCUCCCAUCAGCAGUGUAUUUCAGUAGAUCCACCUGCUCUGCUCCCUACUCUGUCUUUGGUGAAUCCUCUCACCCCCUGCACCUCUGGCCUGCACCCUGGCUCUUAUAUGCAUAAAUAAAUAAAUCUUUAAAAAAAAAUUUGUGCGGUAAAAUCGUAUAACAUAAAACUGACAUUUAAACUAUUUUUAAGUGUGUAUUUCAGGGGCAUUAAGUGUAUUUAUAUCCUUACC